AUGUUCAGAUUUUCUAUUCCGUCGAGGGCUAGCGUGUGGGCGUUUUUCUCGUCCAUUCCCGCCUGCAUUGGUUUCCUGUUCUCCAGACCCACUCCCCCCACAGAAAAACCUGACGAGGAAUUUCUAUCCCUGGACCUCGCUGAAAAUGACUAUCUAUACCGGGUAAGAAGAGGCUCGCGGAUCGUUUAUAUUUCCAUUCUCGAUGGGAGUAUAAUUCCCGAUGAAUAUAAGACUGGCUUCUGCCUUCUUAAGACUCUCCGGAGACUCCCAGAGUGGGAUGAAGAGUGGAAAACACUCACUGUGAGGAGGAUUGCCCCGGCUAUGGCUAUCGAGAGCACUAGAGACGAAUUCUUGCCACAUGGCCUGAAUCUUGAAAAUUUGAACAUGCCAAGCGCCACACCCUUUUUCAGCUUUCUAGAUUUGCCCAGGAUAUCUCGAAUUAGUGAUCGCCUGUUCCGGGUGAUGUGUGACGGUGAAAUCUGCAUCCUGAAAAUUGCAAAAUUCAAGCAUGAAUUAUCAUACUUACACCAGGAGAUUUCAGUGUAUUUAAAACUGUCCGACUUCGCACAAGCUCCGAAGUUUGUUGGGGUUGUCUAUGAAGAAACUAAAAAUCGAACAAUUGGCUUUUUGAUAGAGGCUAUCUCAGGAAGACACCCAGAUAUAAAUGAUUUUGAAGCCUGCAAAAAGACAGUUGGUUUGCUGCAUACCCAUGGCAUCAUACAUGGAGAUCUGAACAGAUACAACUUCCUAAUUAACACCCAUGCACAGGUCUUUGACUUAGAAAAUUCAGUUCUGAAAGAAGAUGCAGAUCCAGCAGCAGCCGAAGAAGAGAUGCAGUCUCUUGAAGUUAUGCUCCAAGAUGAGUCGGAUAUUGGCGGGCGUUGGGAGCGGCAUGUAGGCACUGAUGUCUUGAAUUAG